AUGGAUUGGGACGGGUCGCCAAUCACGGACCCAGGAUGGGGUGAUGUCGAAGCUUGGAAUGCUGUUGAAUAUACCCAAGUCGAGAAACCCGGAUUGAUUUGUGAAGUCAAGGAUGCCUUUGCCAAAUUCGACUACAAUGGUAAUUUCGUCAAAUGGCUUGACGAGAUGCCAUACGGCGAGGUGCAGAAGGAGAUCCGUGAAAUCAAGCGAGUUCGCGGUAAAUAUGCUGUUGUCUGUGGCCGCUUCCCAACCAAGGACAGUACUUGGGAGGUCCGAACCAUCUGGAUCAACAACCCCGCCCUGCAGGCCGUUCUCUACGAUGUCUUCAGAGGCCAUCCUGAUGUGAGCUGCGGCGGUGAGGUCCUUGAAUUCAAGGCACCAUUUGUUCCUCUCAUUCAUCGCUGGGAGCAACUAUGCAAGCUGGCAGGUGUCAACGCCGGUUCUGAGAUCCAGAAGCUCAUGAAACUCUUUGUGGACAUGCUCAAGAAUGAGCUGCGAGGCACUCUCAGUCGAGUCAAGAGAAUCAAGGAGACUGGGUGCGCUUCUUGGGAAGACCUCAAGUUUGUCUUCAAGCCUGCCCAGCUCUUCUUCCGCUCAGAAGCCCCAAUAGCUGCGGGAAUUUCCCGAAAAUAUGGAGGUUGUCAUCUUUCAGUGCACCAAAUUGCAUGGACUGGUUCAGAUUAUUCCACUGUCAAGUCCACAUUCGUGGUCCCUGCCUUCCACGGCACCCGGCCGCUCUCUGACCUCAUCGUCAGGCCGGUCUGGGCCUGUCCCGAGAAUGAUAUCAAGGCUUUGAAAGCUGCCCUCAUCAAGCGUGGGCGUAAGUAUGAAGACCUACGAGGCAUUCAUUUCCGCUUCCAUCAAGAUCCGACCCAGGCGGGUAAAACUCAGCACCGCGAAGAAUCUUCUUCAAUUGUUCAUGUGACAGAGGGACGAGUUAUCGUUGAUGCGGACGGUUGUAAUGAUGACUGGUCUCGCUAUGUAGGACCCCUGUACGAGCUGAAUCUCCACAGCGCAAUGAAGGCGGAUGGGAACGACUCGAAGGCGUCUACUCCUGACGACCACCAAGAAUCUCAGGAAGCCAGUGAUCCAAAGAGCGAAGAAGGAGAUCACUCUGACCGCCUUACGGAUGAGGAGGCCAUGUUGACUGUCUCAACUGUGAACUGUUUCUCGAUCGAACGAAAGGUGUGGUGCUAUGCCGAGAUCGACCAUCUCACCGACAUUGAAUGGAACACUGAGGCCAUCAAUAACCUCGUCAUCGAUGAAGCAGAGAAGAGACUCUUGGUUGGAUUUGUUGGCGCAACAAAGAACGGACAGUUGCAGCAUUUCGACGACUUUGUCCACGGAAAGGGAAAAGGUCUUGUCAUGCUCUUGUGUGGUCCCCCCGGUACGGGAAAGACAUUCACUGCAGAAUCGGUCUCCGAGAAUCUGAAACGCCCCCUCUACCGCAUUGAUACUUCGGACCUUGGGAUGGAUACCUCCAAACUGGAGUGCAAUCUCAAGACUGCUCUUGACCGCUGUGCCCGCUGGGAUGCCAUCCUCUUACUUGAUGAGGCCGACGUAUUCCUUGAAAAGCGCACCAGCAGCAACCUCACGCAGAACGAGAUGACCACCAUUUUCCUUCGCCUCCUGGAAUACUACAAGGGUCUCAUGAUUCUGACCACCAACCGCUACCCUGCCAUCGAUCCCGCGUUCGAGUCACGUAUCGACCUUUCGUUCGUCUUCCAGGAUCUGGAGCCAGCCUCCCGGGCCAAGAUCUGGUACAACUUCCUCAUCAGAGAGAACAAGAAGUUGGCUGAAGACAGUAAUGCGAUUGCGAAACUGGCCAGCAUGCCUCUGAAUGGCCGACAGAUCAAGAGCGCCGUCAAGACAGCGCGAAUCCUCGCUGUCAGCGAGAACUUGCCUCUUGCAGUUGAUCAUCUGCAGACGGUUGUUUUCAUGCGAAUGAAAGCAUUGAAGAUGCUGGAGUAG